AUGCCUGCGCAAAAGCGUUCACCAGACGCCUCACCUACCUCAUCACCACCUCCGUCUUCCCCGUCUGAGCAGCCGCCGGAGGAAAAAGACGAUGAUUCGCUCCAACGUAGCCAGGACCUCAACGGCGAACAAGCUGAUGACGACGGCGAAGAUUCGGAUGGAAGUGUUUCCUCUACUGAUGAACAAAAGGACGAAUUUGUCUUUGUGAAAUUGUCGGAGAUCCGAAAAGAAGUUCAGUGUCCAAUAUGUUUGGGUAUCAUUCGGAAAACAAGAACAGUUAUGGAAUGCCUUCAUCGCUUCUGCAGAGAAUGCAUUGACAAGUCAAUGAGACUUGGGAACAAUGAAUGCCCUGCUUGUCGCACUCAUUGUGCUAGUCGGCGUUCUUUAAGGGAUGAUCCAAACUAUGAUGCUCUCAUUGCUGCUAUAUAUCCAGAUAUUGACAAGUAUGAGGAGGAGGAAUUGGCUUUCCAUGAAGAGGAAAGGGCCCGUAAUAAGCAGAUACAAGAUUCAAUAGCCCAGACGUUUCGAAGACAAACAGAGGCAUUGGGACGUAAAAGAUCAGCUAGGGUAACAACGUCAGCAUAUGCAAGAAGAUCUCAUGGAAAUUACCGAAAUGUGAGGUCAAGGAGGAAUAAUCGAAGUUCUGAACACCAAGGAUCUGAUGAUGAAGAUGAUGUUAAUGGAAAUUUUGGUGGAAAGGAUUCAUCUUCUGCUGACGAGCGUAGUCCGGAAAUCAAACCAAGAAGACAGAAGAGGUGGUCAGGAGCUCGUUACUCUCAGUCUUCGGCUGCAGCCAAUUCGGAUGCAGCCUAUGAUGAAAAUGAGUCAGAAAUUAACAGGGAGUUGCUUGGUGCUUCUGCUGGACUCGUUGGGAGUCCAGAAAUUUUAGCAUGGGGAAAAGGAGGCUUGCGGAGUAGUACUAGAUAUGGUGUCUCUGCUGGCAGCAGCAAGUUUGCAAGAAGUGGCCGAUUAUCAAAGCUAAUGGAUUGCCUUCGAUGUUCAGAUAGAACGAAUGAGGAGUUGGACAUUGAACUCGUUGCUAUGGACAAUGAGGAUAUACCCAGUUUGCAGAGACCUUAUCUCAGUUGUAAGCCAACGCUGUCAGUCAGGCACUUGUGCCAAUAUGUUGCUCUCCAAAUUUCCAUGCAAGCUGAUGAACUGGAAAUCUGGUGGAAGAAAGAACUUAAAAAAGAGUUUCCGUCAGAGAACAAUAGUGAACCCCUGAUAGCAUCUGUGUUCCUUGAUAAGUUUAAAGACGAAAAGAUAAGAUUAGACGAGCAUCAGACGCUAGGUGAAAUUCGACGUAUUUUCAAUUCCAGUCAGUGCAAUCUGGUUUUGGCGUAUAAAAGAAAGUAG